AUUGAAGCAUUAAGCGAUGGUCGCUUCCUACGUUUUUGCGAUCACAAUAGCUUCAUUAACGGCGUCGUCGACGGAAGAUGCUAAUGUGUGCAGAGCCAGACGUUGUUCCAUCGAAGGAGGAGAAAAGUCAGAAAAUGCUGAUACGUACAAAUUCCUUUAUAGCAGGAAAGGAAUGAAUGCGCCUACAUCGGCAGAACUACCCGUUCCAACUUCUGUUGAAAAUCAAAUUUGUUCAUCCAACGUCGGAAUGACGGACACGCUAAGGAGCCAGUUUCUCGAUAUGCAUAACUAUCGCAGGAGUUUGCUUGCUCUGGGUAAAGUUAAAAGAGAUGAUAAUAGUUAUCUGCUACCCGCAACAAACAUGCUGCAACUGAGGUACGACUGUGCAUUAGAAGCUGCUGCUCUCGCUUAUGCUAGUAAAUGCCCAUCACAUGGAUCGAAUGUUGAAACUAGAAGGGAUGAGGGUGAAAACUUCUAUAAAAUCCCUUCGAAUGGACUUGCGAAUUUUGAAGAUGGGGCCAAAGCGGCAGUGCUAGCGUGGUGGGACGCAUAUCGCAAUUACCCUGACAUAGCGGAAAGUACAAUAUUUCGGAUGAACUAUGUCGGAUCCAAGGUGACCAGUUUUACUCAGAUGGCAUGGGCUAAGUCGAGAAAAUUGGGUUGUUCCAUUGUGAAGUGUCUAUCAAAUUACAUAGUCAUAUGCCGAUAUUCUCCACGGUAUGUUUGA